AUGCAAGAGUCACAGUCUGUGGUUUUCUUUGACCUGGAGACGACUGGACUGGGUCAGAGUUGUGACAUCGUCCAGUUGGCGGCAGUGAGUGGAGGACAUUCGCUCAACCUUUACGUCCUCCCUCGCUGUCGGAUGGAGCGGGGAGCAGCCAGAGUCACCGGCUUCCGGGUUCGCAGACAGAGGCUGUAUCUCCAUCGCCAGCUUGUCCUCACCAAUUCCCUUAGAGAGGUCCUGGUCUCCUUCAUAGCCUUCCUCCGAAUGCUCAGACGCCCGCUUGUCAUCGGCCACAACAUUCGUCGCUUCGACUGCCGUGUGCUGUCUCGAGCUCUUGACGAACUGGACCUCAGAGCAGGAUUUAACUCGUCGAUCUCGGGCUGCGUCGACAGUCUUCCACUGGCCCGUGAGAUGCUGAGGGACCGCUGCCUGAAGAGUUUCCGACAGGAGAGUCUGGUGAAGGAGCUGCUGGGUGUGACCUACAAGGCCCAUGAUGCUUUGGAGGAUGUGCGGGCAUUGCAGGCUCUCUACAGCGUGCUUCAGCCCACACCAGAGUUAGUUUGUAGUCAUAUGUUUACUCUGGACACCAUGGCACGCAAAGCAGGUGUGAAAGCUGCCAAAGCUAAAGUGUCCUGUCAGAUGCCAGUACAGCGCCCCCUGUGGGAGCACUUAAGACAGGCGGUGAAGGUCACAGAGAGCAAAGCAGAGGACAAUAAUGAAGAAUCUCUCUCUGACCUGAAGGGCGGACAGAGGAGGCUGGAGGAUGAGCUAACAAACAAGAACCAGCUCAUCAUGAGUGAAACUGAGAGCAGGAGCACUCUUACCAACGCCUACAUCGACUGCCUGGCCGCCAAAUAA